CAAAAUUUCCUAAAUUUUAUAAAUGAAUAUUUUAUAAGAGAAAUAAAUUAGGAGUUGAAUUGAACUGAUUGGACCUAAACUAAACUGACUGAAGUGAACAACCUCGUAACUCCUGUAAUAUUAAUUAACCCCUAUAAUACUGAGUGAGUAACCCUAAAUAACUUCUUUAACACUAAGUAACCCCUAUUCCACUAACGAAUUAACCCCUAUAAUGACCAGUCACAUAUAAGAGUUUGUGUUAAAAAAAAAAUCACCCGUAGCUAACAAAUUAACAAUUAUAAAGUAUACUUUUUUUUUUUUUAAACAAAAAUAUACCUUUUGAGAUAUUGUCAAAAUCUUCGAAAUAAAAAAAAUAAAAAAUAAAAAUAUAGAAGCAAAAAUAAUACAAUCAAAUAAUUAUAAUUUCCUUAAAAUUUUACCCAAUAAUAAUCAAAAUCUUCUUAAAAUUAAUUAAAUUAAAACCUUUUCGAGCUGUUUAGUGUUCUGAAGAGUCCGCAUCAAGUCUUCAUCACCCAUAAUCACAUUCACUUCCCCCUUUAACUCUCUGUUUAUCUCUCCUCACUCUCUCUCUCAAGCUCACUUACCCACCAUUAAAUUCAACAAUUCCCAAUUUUUUGAUUUCUUUAUUCAUUGAAUUACAACAAUUGAAGGUUUUAUUUGGGAUAUUAAUGUCAAUUUUCCAAAGAAAAUCUGUUAAAUUUCUUGAUUUGGGUGUCUUCUUACUCUGAUUUCCCCUGUUUUUUUCGAUACCCAGUUUAUAAAACAUGGAGUAUGUACCGAUAGGGAAGAGAACCAGGCUUCAAAAAACCCUAAAUAAAGAGAAUUUUUUAAAUAAUUCUGGGUUUUCUUCGAGUGAUGAUGAUGAUGAUGAUGAGGAUGAAUGUUGUUUCAUUGAUGAAACAGAGUUCCUGAAAUCAAUAAGUAGAAUUCCUGAAAAAAAUUCCGCAAAAUCUGAGUUGGGUAUUGAGAAAAAUAUUAGUAGUAAUUUGGGUAGGGUUUAUGAAAAUCAUGAUGAAAUUUCUAAGGGUUUGGAUGAUAAUGCUGAGAGUACUAUGAAUGAUGAUGAUGAUGAUUAUGAUGAUGAGGAGGAGGAGGAGGAGGAGAGUGUAUGUAUGCUUGUUGAUGAUGAUGAUGGGAAUGUUGGUGCUCGUGUCGAGGAUGAUGAUGAUGGUAAUGAUGGUGUUUGUGUCGAGGAUGAUGAUGAUGGGAAUGAUGGUGUUAGUGUUGUUGUUGAUGAUGGGAAUGGCGGUGUUAGUGUUGUUGACAAUGAUGAUGAUAAUGGGAGUGAUGGUGUUGGUGUCGAUGAUGAUGAUAAUGAUAAUGAUGGGAAUGGCGGUGCUCGUGUUGAUGAUGAUGGGAAUGUUGGAGUUUGUAUCGAUGAUGUGAAUGGCGGUGUUGGUGUUGAUGAUGAUGUUCAUGAUGGUGUUGGUGUUGAUGAUGAUGGAAAAAUUGGUGUUGGUAUUGAUGAUGAUGAGGAGGAGGAUGAUGAUGGAAAUGGCGGUGUUCGUGUUGAUGAUGACGGGGAGGUUCCUCUAGUUAAGUUACCUAGGAGACUAUUUGAAGGAGUGGUGUUGCCAAAAUACAUUGCAAAAGAUGUUGAGGGAAAUGAUUUUAUUGGAAAAAGAACAAGGUCUCAUUACAAGUUUAGGAGUAAAAACAAACAUCAUGGAACUCCUAGUUCCCCUAUCAGCAUUGAUAUAGACGACGAAGACUCCUCUUUGUCUCAUGACGAGGAGGAUCAUAAGCCUAAUAGUCGCGAGCUUGGUGAAGGAAAAAGAAAACGAGGCAGGCCGCCUUUGAAGAAGGAUGACAAAGUGGGGUUGGAUCUUGAUGAGGAUGAGGAGGAGCACUUUGAGUUCAAUCGACGUGUGAAAAGUCAGGAGGAUGGUGGAGGAAAAAGGAAACGAGGUAGGCCGCCUUUGAAGAAGGUUAGCAAAGAGGAUUUAGAGCUUAUGAAGCCAAAAGGAAAGAGGCUUAAAACUAAAGAGGUUCAAAAUGUUCUGCUGAACGUGAUUUUGGAGAAUGGAAAAAAUGCAGGGCUAAAUAAUAUAGCCUCUUCUUUUAGUGAGGCAUUUCUUCCCCUUAAAUUUAAGUAUGGAGUUGAGAAAUUAUCGGUGCCAGAAAUUUCAGCAGAGGAACAAGAAGUCGAAAGCCUCUUUGCAAAAAUGGACUUUGCUCUUGGAGUUUCUGACAUUGGAUCUGAACCUUCUUGUUUGGAUAAGGACGAUGAUGAAGAUGAUAAUGCUGUUCUAUGUGAUAGCGCGCUCUUGCAAGAAAAGCUUUGCCUUAAAGGAAAGCACUACUGGAUUUAUGAUGAAUUGAUUGGAAACAAAUGCAAGUUCUGUUCAUUUUUGAAGCUUGAAAUACAAUAUGUUACACCUGAGUUUAACAAGACACCAGAUACUAUGGGCAAUUCCCCUACAAUGAUACCAAAGUUUCUGACAAGUUUCAGUUUCCGGAUUUGAGCUAUGAUAUCCGAGAUGAGGCUAGUGUUCCAAAUGAUCAUUUUUCGGGCACAGUAUGGGACCUCAUCCCAAGGGUUGCAAGGACUUU